AUUCUUCUUGGCUCACAGCCUUCCAGUGCAGCAGAACGGAAGUUGUGUGGUGCUGGAUUUUCUGCUAGUGUCCAAGCCUUUUAGCUGGGGGUGCAUUUGGCCAUAAUUUUUUCAAGGGCCAACCUUUAAACAAUUGCUGUAAAUAAUUAAUUUUUAACCCCCCAAAAGGGUGAAUUUAUUUAGAGAAGGCUUCUGAAAUUCUGCCAUUUGCAACUUAAAAAAAAAUAUAGUUGCCUAAAAUCUUCAGUUUGCAACUGAAAACAACUGCUCCAGCAAAACCUCUUUUUGGGGAGAAACACAACUUUUCUGCAGCCAUGGUGGUGUUCAAGAAGAUCAAGACCUUCGAGCUGGUCUUCAGCGAGCCGGACAAGGUCUACGGCAGUGGCGAGAUGGAAGUGGCCGAAGUCACCCGGGUCAGCUCAGUGAAAGUGCUGGCCUGCGGGGAGGCCAAGGUGGUCUGGAUCAAGGGACCCCAACAAUGCAAGCAGGAGAUGGAAUACCUGCGCUAUGAAGAUGUCCUCACCUUGGAUGAUCAGCCAACUGAUGAGGAUUGCUCCGUGACCUUGAGACCUGGCAACAAAUAUGAAUACAAAUUUGGAUUUGAGCUUCCCCAGGGGCCUCUGGGGACCUCAUUCAAAGGGAAGUAUGGCUGUGUGGAUUACUGGGUUAAGGCUUUCUUGGAUCGUCCGUCCUGUCAGACUCAGGAGAUAAAGAAGCACUUCGAGGUCAUGGAUCUUGUUGAUGUGAACACUCCAGACUUAAUGUCGCCUGUUGCUGCCAAGAAAGAGAAGAAGGUGUCCUGCAUGUUCAUUCCCGAUGGGCAUGUGUCUGUCAGUGCCAGGAUUGACCGAAAGGGAUUCUGUGAAGGUGAUGACAUCUGUAUAAACGCAGACUUUGAGAACACCUGCUCCCGGAUCGUGGUGCCGAAAGCAGCCAUAGUUUCCAAGCACACCUACCUGGCCAAUGGGCAGACCAAGGUUCUCACCCAGAAGCUUUCCCGCGUCCGAGGCAACCACAUCAUCUCGGGCAUGUCUGAGAGCUGGAGAGGCAAAACCCUCCGGGUCAAGAAGAUCAAACCCUCCAUCCUGGGCUGCAAUAUCCUGCGUGUGGAGUACUUCUUGCAGAUCUACGUCAGUGUCCCUGGCUCCAAGAAGAUCUUCCUGGAGCUGCCUCUCGUCAUCGGUAGCCGAUCUGGGUUUGCCAGCCGCUCCUCCAGCAUGGCUAGCCAGGCUAGCUCUGAAAUGAGCUGGGUGGACCUGAACUUGCCUGAUGCACCAGAAGCACCUCCAUGCUACCUGGACAUUGUACCGGAAGACCACCGCUUGGAGAGCCCCACCACACCCUUGCUGGAUGAUCUUGACAGUUCCUUCGACAGCCCUAUCUUCAUGUAUGCCCCAGAGUUCAAAUUCAUGCCGCCUCCGACUUACACAGAGGUGGAUCCCUGCAACGCUAACAACAAUGUGCAGUGAGCGCCAAAGAAGCAGCUGUCUGUUUCAUCUACUUUCCUGGACUCACUUUAUAUCUGCAGUGAUUCUACCUAGCCAAAGUUCAGAAUGGGGCUUUGAAACCUCCAUUCCUGGUGCAGGAAGGAAACCUCCCAAAGCGUAUGGGGGGCAAGGCAGCUCCUACCAUCCUGAAAAUGUACAGCCACCACUGAAGAAGUCAAAUGUGAAAGACUGUCUUCUAAGAUGUGCUGUGGGCACAGUCUUGAUGUGACCAGAGAAAUGCCAUGUUGGGGAGUGAUUGUCAGCCAGGUCUGCACUCCAGAGAUUUUCAGAAUCUCCCUAGAAAAUAAUUGUGUGGAAACUGUUAUGGGAGAUAGCUGC